ACUCGCUGGCGCCCAAGUGGGAGGACGGCAGCUGCCCGCUCCCUCCUCCCCACAGCCCCGCUACCUGCCCAGUCCCCGAAGCGAAGCGUGAGAAGGCUGAGGGCCAGCCGGGCCGAGCCCACAACUUUGCAGCCUCUGGGCGGGCACGAGCCGGCUUCUGGGCUCCUCUUGUCGGCGACCAGAGCUCGGAAUGUAAUCGAGGAUGCUGGCCCUGAGGCUGCUCAACGUCGUGGCCCCCGCCUAUUUUCUGUGCAUCUCCUUGGUGACCUUCGUGCUGCAACUCUUCCUCUUCCUGCCCAGCAUGCGCGAGGACCCCGCGGCUGCCCCUCUCUUCUCGCCUGCCCUGCUCCACGGGGCGCUUUUCCUAUUUCUCUCCGCCAACGCCCUGGGCAAUUAUGUCCUGGUCAUCCAGAACUCCCCGGACGACCUGGACGCCUGCCAGGGUACCUCGUCCAAGAGGGCUCUGUGCCCCCCGCCCAGCACCCACUUCUGCCGGGUGUGCGCCCGAGUCACGCUGCGGCACGACCACCAUUGUUUCUUCACCGGCAACUGCAUCGGCAGCAGGAACAUGCGCAACUUCGUCCUGUUCUGCCUCUACACCUCCCUUGCCUGCCUCUAUUCCAUGGUGGCCGGAGUGGCUUACAUCUCUGCUGUCCUGUCCAUCUCUUUCGCCCAUCCCCUGGCCUUCCUCACGCUCCUGCCCACUUCCAUCAGCCAGUUCUUCUCCGGAGCUGUCCUCGGUUCUGAAAUGUUCGUCAUCCUCAUGCUCUACCUCUGGUUUGCCAUCGGCCUGGCCUGCGCCGGCUUCUGCUGCCACCAGCUGCUGUUGAUCCUCCGGGGGCAGACCCGCCACCAGGCUCGGAAGGGGGUGGCAGUGAGGGCCCGACCCUGGCGCAAGAACUUGCAGGAAGUCUUCGGAAAGAGGUGGCUGCUGGGCCUGCUGGUCCCCAUGUUCAAUGUCGGAAGCGAGAGCUCUAAGCAGCAGGACAAAUAGCAGACACUCCAUCAUUUCUCUCCCUCUGAACAUAAGACCAUGACAUCUGUCUCUACCCGUGAUCCACCGCAACCUCCAACUGGUAAGGUCCUUGCACCCGCCCCUGAUCUUCAACCCCUAGGGACAGCGCUAGCUGGUGGGCCAUGGCAGGAAGAACUGCCACCGGGCACUGCUGGGCUUCUCACCAG